AUGAAUAGUGGACACUGUUUGGAUAACACGAACUUCCCGCUCUACAGAUAUAUUGGGAGAUCAGAUUCUAUAACAAUCAGUGUUUGGAAUCACAAGAAAAUUCACAAGAAACAGGGCGCAGGCUUCCUUGGUUGCGUGCGACUCCUUUCCAAUGCCAUCAAUCGCCUUAAAGAUACUGGUUACCAGAGACUGGAUCUAUGCAAACUAAGCCCUAAUGACAAUGAUACUGUAAGGGGACAGAUAGUAGUAAGCCUUCAGUCUAGGGAUCGGAUAGGCAGUGGAGGUCCUGUCGUGGAUUGCAGCCGUUUGUUUGAUAAUGAUUUGCCAGAUGGCUGGGAAGAACGAAGAACUGCCUCGGGUCGAAUACAGUAUCUAAACCACAUCACACGAACAACGCAGUGGGAGAGACCUACUCGGCCAGCCUCUGAAUAUGCUAGUCCUGGCAGGCCACUGAGUUGCAUUGUGGAUGAGAAUACGCCAAUUACACCAGCUAAUGGUGCUUCAUGUGGACAAACCCCUGACCCACGGAUGGCAGAGAGGAGAGUGAGGUCACAAAGACACAGAAACUAUAUGAGUCGGACACAUUUGCACCUCCCACCAGAUCUCCCAGAAGGUUAUGGAUAUCUGGAACUCUUUGGUCAUGCGACUCCUGGACUCAGGGCAGUGGGCAAUAUUGUGACUGGUACAGAUGAUCAGACACAAAUUGUCAUUGACUCUGGUGUGUUGAACUACUUUGGUUCUUUACUUGCUCAUCCAAAGAGCAACAUCCAAAAAGAAGCUGCCUGGACAAUCUCUAACAUUACAGCUGGAAAGCCAGAACAAAUCCAAGCAGUUAUUGACAAUGGAUUGGUUCCACCCCUUAUUCAAUUGCUUAGAAAGGGUGACUUUAAGUCUCAGAAAGAAGCUGUCUGGGCUGUAACAAACUACACCAGUGGUGGUACAAUUCAACAAAUUAUCUACCUUGUUCAAUCUGGAGUUAUUGAGCCAUUAUUGGCCCUGCUGUCAGUCAAAGACUGCAAGACUAUCCAAAUCAUUUUGGAUGCUAUUGCUAAUAUAUUUCUGGCUGCAGAAAAAGUCAAUGAAACAGAUAAGCUCUGUCUCGUGAUAGAGGAAUGUGGAGGUCUUGAUAAAAUUGAAGCUCUGCAAUCUCAUGAAAAUGAGCAAGUGUACAAAGCUUCCCUAAACUUGAUAGAAAAGUACUUCUCUGAAGAGAAUGAGGAAGACCAGAAUGUUGUACCAGAUUCUACUGAAGAAGCUUUUACGUUUCAGGCUGAGAACCCUACUGUGACUUUUGACUUUUGAAUGACAAUGACAUUUCCAACUUUUUCUGUUUAGUCAGUACUUGUAACUGUCAAAUGUGGUCUAUCACUUCAUACUUAAUCCAUGACUAUCCACUGUACAUUUGUAUAAAAAAUUUCAACUUUUUGUAAUUAAACUUUGGAAUGUAAAUACUUCAA